GGAUAGGUCGGAUACUUCACAGUGCACUGGCAGUAUCUAUACCUAUCAUAUCAUACAUAUACUGAUCAGCGUGCUACAGUCGAACAGCCAUCUGCUCAAUCUAUCCUAUCUUCCCCAGCUCACCACCGAUGGCCCGCACCGAGAGGAAGAAGACAGGCGCGGGUGGCCAGCUCAAUGGUUGAAGUCGCCGUACGGAGUAAGACACUCCGCCAUCCAGCGGUUGCUGAAACGGGUCCCGAGUUGGCUAUCCAAACGGCCACGGUGAAUUCUCACCUCCGCAAAUGGUCUCGAUCUACCGAAGUCGGUGUUGGGACUUGCGACGACGGAAAUGCCGUGCAUAUAGCUACCCCAGCUCGGCAGACAAGAAGAGCAAAGUGUUCUCUCCCAGUGGAAAUUUGAAAAUAAAAAAUCAAAACCAAAAAACCAGGUUCCGGAUGUAUCAGCAGUAAUCUCCGGUGGUAUUUUAGGUAGAUUCGAUGGUCUGGUAUUAUUAUUAUUAUUAUUAGCAGUUCAAGAGAUCAUAAGUUCCCGAUGCUGGAUACGCACUCUGUCCUCGUACAGCGUAUUGGCUGCCACGCUCCGGACAGCACCGUGGGUGAUCGGUUUCGACGUUCCCCUGUUCCUAGAAAUUUCUUUUGCUGGGCAUGCGGAAAGUCUAUUGGAGUGAUCUGACCAGCAGUCGACUCCUAAUAAUAUUAAUAGCAACGCCAGGAGUGCGGAAAAUCGGCCAUGAUUCGUGCCUCUGUGCACAUACUGUACAUGCUUCCCACGGUAGAUAUAACGAUGGAAGCUUUCUGGCAGAGGGAGGUGCGCAACUCCGGUGUCAAGACUCAACAGCACUGUUUCGAGAUCCAAGUAUCCUGCGCAAACAGUCGCCUUCGAUCAUUCGGUGUCAAGUCCGACGCAGGGGCCGGAGGAGGGUCCCUCUGGUGACUCGCGUGUGGCCAACAACGCCGCCAGCCGGUUAAAACUGAGCGUUCUCCGGUCGACGUUCUGAAGGGAGCAAAGGAAGGAUUAUUUUGCUUAGAAAGCUUCAUUACUACUAUUUAUUAUUAUGAUGAUCCACUUAGUUUUUUGAUUUUUUUUAUAAAAAAUUUCCCAUUUUGUUUGUCCGGCUAGCUCUUAUUAUUGCCGACUGACUCACUUUAUCAAUUGUAUCUAUCACCGAUAUAUUUAUUGUUUCUAAGUCCUAGAGCAUUCUCUACAGUUCAUUCACUUUUUCUUGCAGCUCCGGUCCCGGCCUCUUUGUCCACGUGCACCCCUGUCCCGUGAGAACUCUUGUCCUCUCCAACUCACAAGACAGCUUCUUCAUCUCCCGACAGGUUCAAUUACUGAACAGUGCCUCUCUUCCCUUUGCUCAGUCAUUUGCUGGCAUCAUGACUGGUGUCAAGGAAUCUGUGAAGGAGCUGCUGGUGGGCAGCACUGAGGAACCUCAGCCAUCUGUGCAGAUCAAAGAAAACUUCAUUCGACAUGCACAGAAGGAUGAGGCGACAGGGGAGCUGUACAUGACUGAGAACGAAUUCAUCAAUGCCAUUGCACCCAGUCAUGAGGAUUAUAACAAGAUCAAACGUGAGCAAUAUGGUAUCCUUUUCAAGGUUGCUGAUCGACGGAAAGCUGGCAGACUCAACCUGUCUGACUGGGCCACCUUUGAAAACCUCCUGUCCAAACCUGAUGCUGAAUACGAGAUUGCCUUCCGCUUGUUCGACGUAGAAGGAACCGGGGCUGUGAAAUUCGAUACCUUCCAGAAGCUAUACAAUCAGAGCAGGGGCCAGAAUACCAUUCCCUUCGACUGGAAUUCCGAAUGGGCUUCUUUGUACACUGGGACUACCAAAAGCCGGCAUGACAUGACUUAUCCCCAAUUUGCCCAAAUGCUCCGGGGUCUGCAGGGUGAGCGCAUCAGGCAGGCCUUCCACGCGCUUGACAAGGAUGGCGAUGGCUAUAUCGAGCCGGAGGACUUCCAGCGCAUCAUCCUCGAGACCUCUAGACACAAGCUUUCCGACUACUUGCUAGAGAACCUGACCUCUCUUUGCAAUGUCUCUGCGGGCAGUAAGAUUUCCUAUGCUACUGUCCGCGCGUUCCAAAAUGUCAUGAGCGAAAUGGACUUAAUCGACCUCAUCGUGCUUGAGGCAACCAAAAAGAGUGACGACGGAAAGAUUACCCGCACCGACUUUUUGAACGAAGCGGCCAGAAUCACACGGUUCUCGCAGUUCACCCCGAUGGAGGCGGACAUUCUGUUCCAUUUUGCCGGUUUGGAUGCUCCUUCUGGGAGGCUUGCUCAAAGCGAUUUCGCCAAGGUUAUCGACUCAUCGUGGCGCACUCCUCUAGAACUGGCUGGCCAUGCCGUAUCUUCUGCCUCAGGCGCUGCACACAAGGCAGCAGAGAAAACAAAAUCCUUGUUCUAUAAUGUGCUGGAGUCCGCACACCACUUUGCGCUUGGUAGUUUGGCGGGCGCCUUUGGUGCACUCAUGGUCUAUCCCAUUGAUCUUGUGAAGACACGCAUGCAGAACCAGCGGUCCACCCACGUUGGAGAAAGAUUGUACAAGAACUCCGUUGACUGCGCGAGGAAGGUGAUCCGCAACGAGGGUUUUCUAGGAUUGUACUCUGGAGUGCUACCGCAGUUGGUCGGUGUGGCUCCAGAAAAGGCUAUCAAGCUCACAGUGAACGACUUGGUUCGCGGUUGGCUGACUGACAAGGAGACUGGUAAGAUUUGGUAUCCUUAUGAAAUGUUCGCUGGCGGUAUGGCCGGUGGUUGCCAAGUCGUCUUCACCAACCCGUUGGAAAUCGUCAAAAUUCGCUUGCAGGUUCAAGGCGAAGUUGCGAAAAAUGUUGAAGGCGCUCCUCGUCGCUCAGCUCUUUGGAUUGUGAGGCACCUGGGACUUGUAGGCUUGUACAAGGGCGCCAGCGCUUGCCUUCUUCGAGAUGUCCCCUUCUCCGCAAUUUACUUCCCUACCUAUGCUCAUCUUAAGUCUGACUUCUUCGGAGAGUCUCCUACCCACAAGAUUGGUGUUACUCAACUUCUGUUGGCUGGUGCUAUUGCCGGUAUGCCUGCAGCCUAUUUCACGACGCCUUGCGAUGUCAUCAAGACCCGUCUGCAAGUUGAAGCCCGUAAGGGUGAUGUGAAGUACACCGGGUUACGCCAUUGCGCAGCGACCAUUUGGAAACAGGAGGGCUUCAAAGCUUUCUUCAAGGGCGGCCCUGCUCGUAUUGUCCGUUCCUCUCCGCAGUUCGGUUUCACCUUGGCUGCCUAUGAAGUCCUACAGAAGUGGCUUCCUAUGCCUGGAUCGCAUGCGCAUCCGGACAGUCCCACUGGUGAAGUCGAGCCUGGCGUCGGAUUACAAGCUGCUAAGGCGCCUCUGCCUUACUUGAAGUCCAGGAAUGCGCUUAAACUCAUUCUUGAUUUGGAUGCCAACAUUGGUAGCAUUCAGAUACCCCAAGCUGAGAACUGGCCUUCCUUUCUCCGAAGCUCUAAGAAAUGAUUUGAUGCCUCCAUAGGUCAUCUGGCCUUUUCACCUUUGACUCUUAUUUUCUCUGCACGAUCAUUCAAACCAUUGACCAUGUCUUAGAUGAGGUCAUUAUUAUCGACAAAUUUCCUCCCUAUACGUCAAAAAAGAGUGUGUACCUUCAGUUUCAUUUCAUGUCCCUCAUGAAUGGCGCCAGUUCUUGGAUUGACUGAUGGGUGUCUAUCUCAUCUGAAUGCCCCCAUUUUUCUGGCAGCUUUGCAUAGCCAUUGUUCUUUGUUUCAUUAACAUACCCAGACCCUUAGAUACGCGCACACUUGGUUCUCUGGUGAUUUAGGUUUCUUUUUCUUUUCUUUUCUUUUUUUUUUUUUUUUUGUUCUUUCCUUCUGGAUGCAGCCAUGAUUCUGUUAUUAAAUUCCGCUGUUAUUUUUUCGCCUUUUAGACAGUUCUUGUACUUAGUGUAUUUUCUGUAAAUUCCUUUACCUCAUCGUUCUCUCCUUGAAGACCCAUAGACAGUGAGGCGGUCCUUUUCUCCCCUUUUUCAGUUUCACCAGAGUUAGGGGCAAAUUACAUAGUCCAG